AUGUCUAACCCCCAGGAUAACCCAGGCACUCCUCCACAACCCACCCCCUCUGAUUCAUCCACCCCUCCUCCACCCAACACAACCCCUCAACCCAGGCGAAGGCGAGUAAAAAUGCUUGCUCGCAAAACGGUGGCAACUGGUGCUCUUUCAAGGAAAUUGAAUGAAAAACUAAAGGCAAGGCAAGCCCAAGAUUCAGAGAACUCAGAUGAUUCGUUCAAAUCUGCGAGUGAGGGGAAAGGAACUAGGUCUUCUGACUCUGAGAAGGCUCUAAACUUCUCUUCUGAGGUACGUUCUGUUUUGGUUGAGAAUGUAGACAAUAGGUUUGUUCUGCUAUCUGUGGGGUUUAUCGUGCAACUGAGGAAGAAAGUAGCAAGAAAACAGGGGGGAAGUGGCUCAGGGGAGGCUACUGAAGGGUUGGUUAGUCAUAGUUCACAGGCAGAUGAAUCUGGUUCAUCUAUUAAGGAUACCCUAGUAGACCUUCUAAAGAAAGUGGGUUCUAGCUAUGAUCCAAAGAAAAGGAGAACGAUAACCACAAAAGCCCCCAGCACUGCCAAACCCUCCAAAAAAAGAAAAGCUUCUUCUCCAACAACUGCUGAAAUUCCCUUGCCAAAGGGGAGAGCCACAAGAAGGUCUAAAGCUGCUGAACCUUCAUUGGCCGAGAGGAUAAGGUCUGCAGUGAAAAACAAACCAGUUAGAAUUGCUGAGGAUGAAGAAUGGAGUGGUGAAGACGAGAGUGAGUCUGAUGAUUAA